CUGCACGUUCAACUGGAGUGUAAUGAGUGUGGACAGUACAGGCUGCGGAUGGAAUUCCGAGCGCUGCUGGGGAGAGAGAGAAAUGGAAACCCCGGAGUGGAUCUGGAGCCAGCAGACUCAUCAAUGCAUUUAGCGCGGAUUGAAAUCCACGCCGAUAGCAUACAGUAGCCUUGGCAAGACUGGCACCUCUCGUGAACUUCCCUGAAGUGCGUAGGUUCAUUUGGAUCACAACUUUUGUAGGCUAGCUUCCAUAGGGAGGCUCCUGGAUUAUUGCUUUCAUUUUAACCUAAAAAGCUGUCAACUAAAAGUUGUGAAAAUGAAGCUUCUCUUUUAUUCGCUUGCAGUGAUCUUGUUUUUACUCGACCACGGUGCAUCUGGUGUUGGAUCAGAUGAAGUGUCUGUGUCAGUGAUGAAGGGAGAUUCAGUCAUUUUUCACACUGGUGUUGAAACAAACCAACAAGAAGAUAUUAAAUGGUAUUUCAGAAACACUCGCAUUGCACAAAUCAGAGGAGAUCUCGGUUAUAUCUGUACAGAUGUUAAGUGUAAUAAAGGCACUGAAAGAUUCAGAGGCAGGCUGAAAUUGGACAAUCAGACUGGAUCUCUGACCAUCAUGAACAUCACAAACACAGACUCUGGAGUUUAUGAACUGAAGAUCAUCAGAAGCAGCAGCAGCAGUGAAAAAAACUUCAAUGUUAUUGUUAAUACUGUUCCUAAACAUGAUGAAGUGAAGACAAACAAGGGAGAAUCUGUCACUUUAGAUUCUGGUGAAAUGAGAAAACCAAAUCAUGUGAUGGCUUGGUUUUUUAAAGACAGUCUCAUCGCUCAAAUUACUGGCAAUCCCAAUAAAACCUGUACAGCUGUUCAGUGUGAAGAGAGAUUCAGAGACAGAGUAAUGGUGAAUCAGACUGGAUCUCUGACCAUCACAAACAUCACAAACACAGACUCUGGAGUUUACGAACUGAAGAUCAUCAUCAGCGACAGCAGCUUCAGCAUCACCAGAGUGAAGACAUUCAAUGUUAAUGUCACUGCUGUUUCAAAUUCAGGUCUGUCUUCAGGCGCUGUAGCAGGAAUAAGUUGUGUUGUUCUGCUGGUGGUUGCGGCUGUAACUGCUGGUUUGAUUUAAACUUCCCGUGGGAGAUAUAAGAGCACCACAGAAUGGGAAUGAUGUUAAUAAAGACAUUGCUUUGGACACGGGAGGACGAGGCUGCCUACAAAAAAAACAAUGUAAACAUUUAUAAUUUUGAUACUUUCAAUGAAAAGGACGCUAAAGAGAAUUAAGAAAUGAUGGAAAGAAGAGGAUCCAUUGAAACUCUUCAGAGUAAUUGUGUCAUGAGUCCAGGAUUUCAAUUUCAAUUAAUAAUAAUAAUAUUAAUGAAUUAAAGCAUUUAGCCUUAGAGGUGCUGUAUGUAAGUUUUUGACUCUACUAAAGCAUAACAAUACCAUAAUAUGUUUGCAGAUAUUUAAAAAACAUGCUAAGUUAACAUACUUGUUUAUCUGAAAAACAAUGCUACAGUCAGUUAUUCUCCUUUGAAAAUGUGCAUUCCGGGACGGUCCCAAUGUUUAUACUAUCCAUCAUAAAUUCUAUGAGAUAAUGUUCAAUACUAUUUAGGGCAGAUAGGGUGGAUAAUAUGCACAUUGGGACGCAGGCUCUGUCUUUGUUGUGGUUUGUGUAACCCGCCCACUGCCAGUUUACCCAAUUGUAUUUCAGCACCCCGGGUUGCCAGUUGGCAGAAAAAGCAGCAUAUUUAAUUUCAUCCAUCGUCAUGUGCGCUCAUUUCUUUUGGUGAUGUUAAUCUGGCAACCUGUGUGUGCUUCAAGUCUCAGGAGGAGGGGCCGGGUGAAAAAAACCCUCUCCAAUAUAUUGAAUUUGGACUGUAAUACCUAGUUCAACCGCUAAUUGUCAAUCCUACAUACAGCACCUUUAAACAGUAUAUGAGCAAUAAUGUGAGAAACAAAACAACGCAUCACUAGCAAUAGAUCAGUGAUGUUUGAUGUUUUUCAGGAUAUGUAUUUAUCAAAGCUGCUAAAGUGUUAUACUGGAAUAAUGAGCGAUCAUCUCUUUCUUAUCUUUUGCACAAAGAAAUAAUAAUGAGCAUUAUGACAAAAAAUGUUCAAAAACAUGCUUAUAGUGUUCUUCAUGUUUCUAGGCUACUGGUUUUGACUGAAAUUAUUCCGUUACUAAUGUAGCCACUAACACUAACUAGUUGGCUGGACAAGCUACUGUAUAAAUAGGUUUCAUAUGUCCCCCAAAUACACUGUAACCAACACCAGCCUUAAGAUGCCUGGAAAUGAACUGAUUUCUUUUUAAGAUGGUGAUAUAUUUUGCUGAGAUGUUCAGUGCCUUUAACUGGAAUACUGUGUUAAAUGAUUUUUCUAUGGCAUUAUAUUAUGUUCCUUUUUCCUUGUUCUUCUUCUUCUUUUUAGGAUUGGUCUUUUGUUUGAAGCUCAUUUUAUGUAAGAUUUAUAUAUAUUAACCAUGAAUCAGUAAGAACUGGACACAAAUGUUUGUUUUCCCAAUCCUAAAGGUAGUAAUCUGUUAUUGUUUUGUCUCUUGCAAUAUGGCCGGUAUAUAUUCUUUAGACAUUUUCUUUUGUUUUCCUUAACCAUCAGCCAAAGGAUACAGUGCCUUGAAAUAAAACCACACUAUUUUAUUUUCUGAAACAAGGAAAGGGGCUUGAAAGAUCUUUGUAUGUUUAAAUGUUGGCUAUAACGGCUGGAAUCUGUGAGUCUAUAAAAUAUUUUUGUGUUUGUUAUCAGAAAUAACCGUGGACUAAACUCUCAUUGAAACUACUGUAGUAAAACUGAUAAUGUGGUAGACACCACUCAAAAAAAGAAAUUAGAAACAAUGUGAGAGACUAUCUUACACUCUUUAACAAAGCGCCAUAUUAGAGUAUGAACAUUAACUACAGUAACUAUUUUGGGGGAAAGAGUCUAUGAUAACUGUGGUCGGACAGAAUGAAUUACACUAAUACUAGGGCCUGAGCAAAAACAACAUUUCAGACAUGGUUUAUUCUGUAUGAAUAUAAAACUUACUGAUGGGGAAAAUAAAGCUUUUAGAAACUUUGAAUCAAUUUCUUUGCAAAAUGAUUCACUAUUUCGAAACGUUGGUGACACCUACUGGUCAGAAUGGCGUAAAUGCAGUGAAAACUCAGCCCAAACGUGCAUAAAAACACCUUUACAAACCAAUUGCAAAUGUUUUAUUGAAAAUGUAAUCUAUUAAAUAGCUGCUUCUUUUCUUUCUUCAUUUUUGUUGUUUUUGACCAAAGAAACGCACAAUAAAUGUAUUGGAAUCUCCAA